UUUAUUCUCAAAGCGUGUUUGUGAUUGAGAUCUUUUCAUUGCUCGAAUAACUUUAGAACGAGUUCAUGAAGACGUUAUUUCCGGAAAUGAUCUAAUAUGGAGAAAAUUAUUUUGUUGAUACUUUUAAAAGUAUCAUUUAUUGGAGGAAACGUUGUACUACAAACGGAGGAGUUCUGUUCCCUCUGCUAUGAAGAAUACUGCAGAAACCCAGCGUACUACAGAACCAAGUACAACUUUCAGAACACCAUUGAUGGAUAUGAAGACGUUACAUCACAAUCCUACAACUUUUACCAGGACUCAAGGAAUUGUAUAGUAUCCAUAAAGGCCAAGCCAGAAUAUCAGAUAGAAGCCUCAUUAGAUUUAUUGGACAUUGAUGCCAAUCACGGACCUGUUAAUGACAACGGCAUUCCAUCCUACUGCAAAGACUUCCUGAAACUUUUCAAUGGGCCUCGUGUUGACAAUGCUCGACUGAUCCCUGGAUUUCCCCCUGGAGGAUUGUGUGGGACUAUAAGAUCCUCAGCAGAUUUCCCCAAUCUGAGAUCCUUCAAAACCACUCAGAAUGAGCUGACUGUACAGUUUGUCACAGAUAAUAAAAAAGACAGCAAAGCGGGAUUUAAACUCCGGAUCCGCCAGUACCCAUACUCUAAUCCAGGCAAUCUGUAUCCAGAUGGAAGUAAUCCUGGAGGUUGGAAUGAUGGCUCUUUCAAUGAGUUCCAAAACAACUGGGACGAGCAGAUUGUGAUUCCUGGAGGGGUGGGCCCAGGAAGCGGAAACGAUUACGACACGGAGAAGAACGGACUGACGUGCUACUCCUGUAGUUAUUGUAACGUGGAGCCAUUUAAACCGGAGGACUCGGGAGUUGGGACGGAGGGAGGGUGUCAUGUCUGCUCCAAGGAAUGGGAUGAUGAAUACCAAGUUGCCAGAAGAAAGUGCUACACACAGAUUGAGUAUUACAGGGUGUUACAAAGUCUCGCAACAGCUCUACAGCCCGUCACAGAUUACAUUGGCUGUAAGAAGUUUAUCACCACCUUUCAGCGGUCUGUCAACUACUGCUUCUGCAAGGGCAACAAAUGUAAUGGCGGAAGCAAUAUCCUGUACAGUCCGAUUGUGGUCAUCUUCAGCCUUCUAUUGGUCAAAUUAUUUACCAGCAAUGGCGAACUAUGAAAGGAAACUGGAUAUUUACAUACAAGGCAGUGCCAUUUCAUUUUACAUAUCAUGGAUUCAAUAUACAUAUCAUUUUUGACAAAGUUUUACACAAAAUGUAAAAUUUAUUCCAAUAGCAGAUUAUUUUUUGCAUUGUUAAUUUCUUGUAGGUUUUUAUACAUGUAUCAUGUCAGACAUAUACAAUGGCAUGGAAUUAUUGGUUGUUAAAAUUUGGCAGUGUUGUGAAUGGUUGUACUUGUUUGAGUGAUUUUUUUUUUCUUCAUCUAUUUAUAUUUUGACAAUUUGUAAAAUAAGAGAAAAAAAAUUUGCAAAUGUAUGUUUUCUUAGAUUGUAUAGUGCUAGUGGAUAUUGUAAAUAUACGUGCAAUGUUUUUUACGAAAUAAAUACCUGUAAUAUCACCUGAUAAACAUGAUAAAUAACUUAGUACAAUUUGCAGAAUUUUUUUUAUCUCCAUUUUAAUGAGUCAUGAGUAGUCACAGGUGAAGGGGACACACAUUUUAUAUUCACAACUGGUUUAUCUGUGGAAAUUUUUUUUACUUUUACAUUCUUAAUACUGUGCAUUAUACUCAGCAACAUUUCCUGGUGGAAUCGUUUAUAGCUGCAGUAUUCCAAGUUCAGAGAUUUUUGUCACCCGUUGCAAAUAUUAGUACAUGUAUGUGCAGAAUAAAUAUUACCAAAGCUUUCUAAGAAUACACAGUAACAGAUACAGUCUCCCUAUAAUCAUGAUAAUGCGUUAACCAAUACUACUAAAGGUUCUAGGUACAUUGUGAAAUUUCAUUAAGCUGCUACCGUAUUUCAUGUAGAUUUCACAAUGUGGUAGUUUAAUUUUAUUGUUUAGCUAUCAAAACCUUCACAAUAUACAUAUACAUACAGUAGUUGAAAACAAUAUGGUUCAUUUUAUUUUUGGACUAUAGAAGGUUGUGAAGAAACUGUGUUAAGUGUCCCUGUACUGCACUAGUGAUGAAAGUCAAAUACAGUUAAAUAUUUAUAGAUUUGAUAGAUGGAAUUUUAAUCACCACUAUUGGAUAUAUUGAUACAAGGCACAUACAUAUAUCUUUCAUACAUUCCAAAUGAUGAAUUGUGUUGUUCUUUAGAUUGUAUACAAUUGCUUCAGUCAUUCAUAUUUUUAUAAUUACUUCAGUCAUUCAUAUUUUUAUAAUUACUUCAGUCAUUCAUAUUAUUCAUCAUUAUGUGUUGUGUGCAUCAUAUUUUGUAAAUAAUCAAAGUUUUCAACAUAUUCUUGUUCAUCUUGCAAUUAUUAAAAAAAUAUGGUUUAUAUUCUUACAUUCAGUGAUUGAUAUUCAUGUUUUGCUAUUUUUUUUUUUACAUUAAUGUUACUCAAUGAACAAUGUUUCAAUUUGAAAUGAAAAGCGGCUUGUCAAAUGUCAUAUAAAUUCAAUCAUGACAUCACAAUAAAAUCAUUAUGAUCUUUUAAUGAUGUCAUAAUUAAGUAACGCAAUUAACAAUAUUUUCCAAACUUCGAAUUUUAAUGCACAUCUUUUUUUAGAUUUGAUAUAUUGUUAAUAUAUAUGCAUCAGCAAUAAAUGUAAGUAAUAAUAUAUUUUCCCUAUAACUUCAUCAUGAUGUGAAAUGUAGUUCAUGUGUGAUCAAAUCUUUUAUAAUGGCUUUCGGGUACUAAUACAGGAUUUGACAAGACCAACUGCACAUCCAAAUGAAGGUAAAGAAAUGAUACUUUAUUUCAUAAUUACAUGUUUAAGUACCUAGCAUUAAUAGCAAUUCUCUGUUCAUUUACCAAUUUUUGGCAAAGUUGUACAUCCAUCUGUUAUUUAUUAUUAAGCACAUGAUAUUCAUUACAUGUAAUUUCAGUGCUACUCGUUAGAAGAACAUGAUACCAUUAGAUUGAUAGAUUCUUUAAUUUGAAAAACCAUGGCAAUAAUUUAUCAUGGUUUACAAUAUGCCUAAAUGAACUUAUUUGAGAUUAGAAUAUAUGACACCUUGUUUCUGAUACCUACAGUGUAAAAUAUUCCUUUACUCCAUAAUACCAUGGUACAAAUAUCUGUUCCUAAUGUUAUUCAUAAGUUACCGGUAUGUGAUAGAUGCAUGCAUUUGUACAUAGCAUUACACAUUAUCUAGCUAUCCAUGAUACAAGUUGGAGUGCUGGCAAAUUUCAACAACUGUAAUAGUCUAAUAAUUUACUUACAUACUUGUAUAAGCUGGUUUGAAACCAAUUUCUUUGUCAGAGCAUGUAAAUUAAAAUAAACAACAUCGCCUGUAGUUAAUUACUUGUAAUUGUGAAUGGGAAUUGGGUGGGUGUUUUUGUUUAUUGACCAGACUUAUUUCAUUCCUUUAAAUUGAUAUUGUAAUGGCUUUUGUCCUUCUUGAAGAAGUGACAUUACAUUCCACUCUAUUAAAGAAUUAUUUCAAAUAAAUUUAUUUUAUUAAAGUA